GACAUGCGUCGUAUCGGAGAGUUCUAUCACUACUGGUUGCAUGAAGCACCGCUACUGACCAAGGCACUGACGGCUGCCACCUUAUCAGGUGCUGGCGAUCGAAUUGCGCAGCGUAUCGAGGCCAGCAGCGCGCCAGUCACCGAUGUUGAUCAAGGAACCAGUCACGUUAACAACGACAGAUUUGUGAGUCAAAGUACAGCACGGACACUACGUAUGAUGGUGUGGGGCGGACUAUUCACAGCCCCCAUCAUGCACACGUGGUUCCAUCUCAUUGAGCGCGCGAUACCCGGGAAAGGCAAGGUCGCCGUGGCCAAGAAAGUUGCAGCCGACAUGGUGAUCGUUGCCCCCGCCAUGGCGCUGGGCUUCUUCACAGUGACCAAGAGCAUGGAGGGCGAACGACUCAGCGACGCGUUCGAGAUAGCUAAGACCAAGCUGUAUCCUACGAUGGCCAUGAACUACAAGGUGUGGCCCGUGGCCAAUCUCAUGGUGUUCACUCUCAUCCCGUUCCAAUACCGCACACCCUUUGUCAACUGCGUGAGUUUGGGCUGGUCGACGUUCUUGUCCCGCAUGGCCAGCAACCGUAUCAAGGAGGACCACGAGAUGGAAAUUGCCGUGGCGGUUGCGAUCGAACUGGACGGCACUGGCGGCUUCGGCGCACUAGUUCCCCGUGGCGUCAUCAGCUGUGGCGUUGUUAUUGGCCUCGAGUCGCUGCGCGAUUCGAUCUCCGGUGCCAAAGAGUGUGGCCGCCGUCACGACCUUAGUCAGCAGUGGAGCUUCAUGCAGCCAGAAGUGGUAGAGCUCGCCAAAGCGCCGCAUUUCGUCUCGACCUACUGGACUCCUUAA